UAUUGCUAAGGCUCAAAAUAUAAGUAGUGCCCCUCGUAAAUUAAUACAAAAAUUAACGAUUUAUUACGGAUUGGCAAUCAGAAGACAUCCAGAUUGAUGAUUGCACAAUGCUGUGUGGGCUAUAUUUUAUCACAAGAUUUCGUCAAAUGAAAAUUCACAGUAUAUGUACUGCCCAGUGGGAUCAGAUAGAUGGUGUAAAUGGCGCGUUGCCGAAAGUAAUAACACUCUUCAUGAAUUCGAUCACGAACCACCAUUUCAUGAAGAUGUUCAGCAAGCUAUAAAGCCAAUUUUCGAAGAUUUGUCAUCACGAGAAUUGUUAGAAAGAUAUUUGGGUGGUGAAACACAAAAUAAUCAUAAGAGUUAUAACUCUACAGUCUGGGUAUUCGCGCCUAAGCAUCUUCAUUACGGAGCAAAAAUAAUUGAAAUCGCAACUUAUUUAGCAGUCGGAAUUUUUAAUGAAGGCUUUUAUGCUGGUCUUAAAAUUAUGACAACGAUAGGAAUUGUUAUAGGAAGAAACGCCAAAAUAUUUUGUAACACGCGAGAUCAAUACCGCCUUGAAAGAUCAACGCGACAGAGUCUCGAGGCUACGAAAGAAGCUCGAAUAAAACGAAGGAACGACCAGAUGGCUCUAAAUAACUUCUACGAAAAUGAGGAAGGACUAUAUAGCCCUGGGAUAGCAAAAUAGCAAAAAUAAGAUAUUACCUGGAAGAUUAAUAUCGUGCACACAUCAGUGGACGACGAACUUUGCGGAGCAAAGG